GUUAAAGUAAUUUAUUUUAUCUUUUAAUAGGUACUUUUGAGAAAUGGUAUUCUUUUACAUGUCAUUGGUGUCUCAGCUAUAUGUACUGUUGGGAAGUUUUCUUGGCGGUAUUGCGCCAUUUUAUAUCCUCACAACAUUUAUGAAAAAUGACCGUGAUGAAUGCAGAAAAAACAAGACAUUGGCGUUAUUGAUCUACUUUGGAGGAGGAAUUUUUAUGUCAACAUGUUUCCUUAUUUUACAACCGACAGCUAACAGGGAAUAUGAAAAGCAUGACCAUCAUCAUUGCAGCAAUCAGCAAAAAUUAGACACCAAUGCUAAUUCUGAAGAUGAAGGUCAUCACCAUGAAGGUUUUCCCAUAUCCGACUUUAUCAUUUUAUGUGGUUUCAUAGCACUAUUUAUAAUUGAAGAGCUUUUUCAAUUCGCUUCAUACAAAUGUCAAAAGAGAGCUAUAGAAAGAUCUCGAAAAAUUCCCUUCUGCAGUUGUGCGAAACGCCAUACUGAAUGUAGCAGAACAUUCAAAGCAGCUAAUCCAGCAGAACAGACACUUUUCGGAUUAGAGAAACAAACCACUGAAUUAGAGAAGGAGUCUCCCUAUCAUACCUGCUUGUCUCCCAAUAGGUAAUACUGCCUUUUACUC